GAGCUUACGAGCUGAGUCAGUCCCCUACUCAAGCAGUUAGCCUUGUAGAAGUCAGUGAAUUAACUGAUGAAUACCCCUUGGCUGACUAUUGUAUUGAACGUGUGCAGAUGGUAACGUUAAAAAGAUUUGUCUGCUUCAAAGACAGAGGCACUGGACAAUAAUGACAUCGGCUGUAUUUCGAGUCAUUUUGGGGGAGAGCAGCUGCCAGAGAGUUAUUUUUCCUUCUGGUUUGCCCGAUUCUUUGACUGAACUAGAGGAUGCGGUUAAUGCAGAGUUCAAACGAAUCACAACGAUUCCACUACAGUCAAAAUUUCUGUCGCAGCUUGACCUUCACUAUGAAAGCUUUCUGAAGGUUUUUGAAAGGCGACCAGGCCAACAAGGCAGAAAGCUGAAAGAGAUGAUGUCAACUGUAGUUCAAGAUGACAUUGAUGCAGCUCGUGAACUUGCCAUCAAAGGACUCUGUAUCUAUCUUAAUGAGGACCCUAAAGAUCUCAUUCAGGAGUAUGUGGACAUGGAAGAAAAUCUUUUACAGAGUGCCAUUGAGAAGACCACCAUGGGCAUCUUCGUGAAAAAGGACACUGCUGACUAUGAAGCCCAUGAUGUGGGCAUUGUGCUAGAGGGUGUGGCAGUGCUUCAUGAUCUCGACAGUGUGGCUUUUGCAACGUCAAUGUUGUUCGGUCUAAUUUAUGCUCUUAACCUGCAGUACCCCAAAAAGUUGCGUUUUACAUUUGAAAUUCUUCAAAAACUCAUAAUGGAGUUGGAUGGAGGGGAACUCUCUAUCAAGGCCCAACAUUUCAAAUCUAAGCUCCACCAGUGCGAUGGACCGCCUUUGAAUGACUCCUGAGAUCCCAGAAAAAUUCCAGCAGUCCUCUCACGCAAGACACCACUGCAGAGCGUAAACCGUGAUCUCAUCGUUGGUUAGCCCCUUUUAAGACUCUUGUUUCUUAAUCCCUUUUUGUCUGAAGGUGGCCCUUUUUUGGAUUGGCUCAAAAGUUGAUUGAUUAUAGAGCUGAUUAUAUGACAUAUGGAUGAAAUAGCAUAAUAAAUACAUUGUUUAUAGUUUGGGUAAGGAUCAGAUACUGUAUGCAAAGAUUAUUUUAAAUUUAGCACUAAACAAUAAAAAAAUUUGUAAAUAUUUUUGAAACGAAAGGUUUUUUCUUGAAAUCCCAGGUUAAGGUCCCGGUUUUCUUGCAGUUUUAAGGUUUAUGAGAGCAGUAAUUUUAUGAAAUAGAAUGAUUUAUGCUAAGUUUUUGA